AUGGGGGAUGUCUACUGUAAGGAGAAUGAGGAGCUGUUCAGCUACCCUCCCUCUGCCACACUCACACAUCCUUUCUCGCAGCAGAAUAUUGUCAAAGGACUCAGGCAGAAGCCGAGGGGCAAGGCGUCAGAGGUGGGAAUGAGACUGGCACCUCCCGGAGAAGGUGGAAAGCACACCGGGGUGACAACAGAGCGGGACCUGAAGUGGCCGAAGUAUGAACUUUAUGAGUCUGAUCCAGUAGUAAGGUUUAGCCCGUACGAGUGGUACGACGCCCAUCCCUGCAACCCAGGAUCAGAUGUGGUGGAGAACAACUUCACCCUCUUCAACAGCUUCUGGUUUGGAAAAUCCAAGGUUUCUACAUUUGAGAAGAUGUGGGCCUUUAUGAGCAGCAAGCCGAGCACUUCCCUUGUAAAGUCUAUUGAAGAUGGGAUUCAGAGAGUGCUGAAGUCAGACUAUGCCCUCCUUAUGGAGUCUGCAACUAUUGAUUACAUUACUCGGAGGAACUGUAACCUGACCCAGGUGGGAGGGCUCAUCGACAGCAAAGGCUACGGCAUCGGCACUCCCCAAGGCUCCCCGUACAGGGACAAAAUCACCAUGGCAAUCCUAAACAUCUUGGAGGACGGGCGCCUACACAUGCUGAGGCAGAAGUGGUGGAGUGUGAGCAGCUGCUUAGACGAAGAGCGUCACGAGACAGGCCCCUUGGGUAUUCAUAACCUGGGUGGGCUAUUCAUCGUGCUGGCAUGUGGACUAGUGCUCUCCAUUUUUGUGGCGAUUGCUGAAUUCCUCUACAAGCUAAGGAAGACUGCAGAACAUGACCAGAGGUCUUUGUGCAGUGUCAUGGUGGACGAGAUCAGACUGUCGUUCACCUACGAGAGGCGGGUGAAACACAAGCCUCAGCCUCCAGUCAUGGCGAAGACGGAUGCAGUGAUCAACAUGCAUGCCUACAACGACCGACGACUCCCGGGAAAGGACAAUAUGAGCUGCAGCACUGGGAUGACCCCCGUGUUCCCGUGACAAUGUGUUCCACCCAGGGCAAGAGCCUCCUGAGCAGCGUGUCAGGGGGGGUACCAGAGACUAGAGACAAUGGUAUAGACGGGAUAACCAGAUUCACCAUUAACCACAAUGACAUGGGGACACUAACUAAACAUGGGCAUCUCAAAAUGGCAGCCUCAGCCACACAGGUAUGACAACAUUCACGACUGUAUUCUAAACCACAAGAGGUAAAAGUAAUAUUUGCAAGAGGCUGGGGGAAAUCGGUUUACCCAAAUGAUCGGUUUCAAGUCUGAUGUUUACGUGCGCAACACAGAAACACAAGAAAAAUAUAGACUGUUCAAGGAAACAGUGAAAAGACUGACGAAAUACGGACAAAAGCAAGAAGAAAGGCGGUGUUAAGAAUGGCAAUAAAUUACAGAUAUACAUGGAGGACAAAGAGCAGUUUUAGUUGGUGAUCAGUUUUGCCCCACAAUUAAAUGAUAAAACAAGUUCCUACUUUCAUCCGGUUUUAUACAAGCUUUCAAAUGGCUUUUGAUGGCAGUAAAUCAUGUUACCUUUUCGAGGCUUCAAUGGUUAUCUUUGAGUCAUAGGCUACAGGUCAUGAGACGAGAUGUUUUGGUUUGCUGGAAAGGUAUCUGCAGUAUCGCUGCUGUUGGAAACCCAUGGAGAGUCCAAACUGUUGGAGUUGAUUAACUAUAUUGUAACACACAAGCAAUUCAUUAUAAAUGCAGAGAUUGAUUUCAGCAAAAGUACAUUCUAUGUCAAAAGGAGUUUUAACAUAAUGAAAUUAGAUAAAAUAUUGAUUGCCAAAGAUUUGAAUAUUCAUCAUAUCUAGGUUCAGUACAGUUCAGGCCAGUUCCUUCUCACUUUGUUUUUAAUAGAGCGCUAAUAUUGUUUUCAAUGCAAAGUCAAUAUGAAUGGUUUAAAUGGGACUAAGGGGAGCAGUUUUUCCAACCAUGCAAGGCAAUAUUAAUACAAAGCAAAUGUGAAUUGUGGCAGUGUAUUUUACUUGCCAUCUCAAAUUAUUGUUGACAACAAUAUUGGCAUAGGAAGCAUAACAAAAAAAAAAGGAUUUCAAAAUAGAACAUCUCUCCUAAACACAAGAAAACAACUUAAUGAGAAGAUCUUGAUUUCCAAAAAUCUGGUAAAUACUGAGAAUAUAAACACAUUUUAAACAUUUCUUUGUUAAUCUUUGAUCAAAUGGUAACAGGUCUGUACUUAUAAAUACACAGAAAAAUAUAUUUAAGUCACAGAGACAAAAAGAUUAGAGACUGUGACCUCCACACUUUUUUUGUUUUGUAUUAAAUGUACAUUUAUCGGUGCCAUAUCCAUAAAACAACAUUCAAGUGCGGCUAAGGGAUUAUUAAACAUCCAAACAAACUACUUCUGAAAACUUGUUUGAACAGUUUCUUAAAUUUGUGUGAUUAAUGCUUUUUGGCAGGAAACAGAUUGUGUAGCAUCAUGAAACUGAUUGAGAGGGUUUGGUUUUAACUGUGAACACAUUUUGAAGGUUAUCUCAGACUUGGAAGUCACAAGCUUUUUCUGUUUAAUUUCCCAACGUGGACAGAAUAAAUCUAUAUGUGUAGUGCGUGAAAAUGCUGAACGAUAAUGUGAUGAAUAGAUACGAUAUGAUGAUUUUGUGUGGUCAUGUUGACUUUCAUGCCUUUUGAGUAAGUGUAUAUCUUCAGCAAAUGUCAUGCCGUAAGAAGAUUAAGGAGUCUGUCAGCUGGGGGCCGAACGACCAGCAAACCUCUGUGAGGUUUACGUUGUCGAUACGUCGAGUCAAAAAAACACUUAUCUAUAAUCCAAGGAAAGUCCAAUCUGUAAAAGUUAGCAUUGGUUUGGUAGAGAUCCACUGUAUAAUUGUCUAUUGAUUCCCUUCUGCAGAGUAGAGUAUGUAGAUAAGAUCAGCAGGAGAAAAUGUAUUUUGCUAAAUUUAUACUGUUAUAAAUGAAUUCUGUUCACAGUCAAAUAUGUUCUAGAUGCUAUUUAUUUCAUUAGAGAGGUCACUUUAACCUACUUCCUCACUUUACCCCAGUUCCACAGCCCUAAACCUUUUUUAUUUAUUUAAUGGAAAUGCAUUAUAUAAUAGUAUAUUGGAUAACUAUCAUCCAGUUGGAAAACUGUAUGUAAAUCCUCGUUUAUGAUGACCGAUAUUUCUACAAGGUGAACAUGAAAUGGAAAGAAUUUAGGGGACACUCUUAGAAUAAGGAGAAUUAGGGUUUAUCUUGUGUAACUGGACCUUUACUGCUCUUAAAAUCCCAAUUAGGACCUUGUCUUUGGCCGCGGCUGACUCGUGGUUACAAGACAUUGCUGUUACCCUCAUGUGUACUGUAGCUUUCCAUGGAGGUGAUUCAAAGACUCAAGUUUGCUUGUAUGUCACCUCAGUAAUAUGUGAAAAUAAUUGAAAAAUUCAUUAUAAUCAAAAUUUGUUGGAAUUACAACAGGGUUUCGGAUUUGGCUGAUUCAGUCAGUUUGGUUACUGAAUAUAUACAUCUUUUUUAUAAAUUAAUGUGAAUAAUAAUGUCAUUUUACACAAAAAUUGUAUGAAAUGUGAGAGAAAAGUAAUUCAAAAUGUAAGCUACAUAUCCUGUGUUCCAUUAGAAGUGUGUGAUUAUGAGUUUAGAUUUUCCAGCAGUCACAACAGUAUGCCUUUUUAUGUAUACCUUUCUUUUUAGUUGCACAGCUUAUAUUAUUUGGCAGAAAACCUCUCGAACAAUACGAUAAAUAUGUUGGUACCAACCAGGGUUUUCUUUGUUGACAUGCAGAAUUUCUAUGAAUAUAGUUUUUGUAAGGUUUUGUAAAAAAACAGGGGGGAAAAAACGAUUUUGUUUUCCUAGUAACUGUAUGUGUUAAGAGAACAUUAGAAAGACUGACAUCCGAGUAGAACAUGGGGAAAUUAAUCUAAAUAUUAUAGAAAAGGUGUUGAAUUAUUUUCUUUUUAACACAUUGUGAAUAAUUCAAAUGUACAGUUUGCUGUAUGGGUUAUA